AUUUCCCUCACUGUAUCUCCAUAGCAACACAAUUUGUUAGUUCGAUGCCAAAACUUUUAUAUUUCAAUUUUACGUUCGAGAAUUUUUUUACAGCGACAAACCAGAUAAUAUUAUAGCGCGUCAAUAUGAUGAAAAUGCAAAUAGCGAACGAGGCUGACCGCAAGGAGUCUCAGAAUAGGGAACGCCGGAGACAGUGUGAGUUGGAGCGGAGGAGUAGGAUCUUCAAUGCUAGGAACAGAAAGAUUGGGGUGGAUGUCCCUUUCCUGGAGCGUCAGAUUGGGGAGAAGCGGGCGGAGCGAGACGAGCAGAACCGCAGGGACCUCGCCUUCGCCACGCAGAUGAUCAAGGACAGCAAUCUGGCCGUGGUCCUCGAGGCCAGGGAAAAGGAGGAGCGUCGCCGCAUAGGAUUGGAAAUAGACGCGUACCGCCAGAGCUACCAACGCCCUGAGGACCGGCGGGAGUUUGACCUCAACGACCCGGAUGUGCUGAAAAAACAGCUGCCGCCGAGAGCAACGGACGGGCCGCCUGUCGGCAUGUCCAGUGCGCAAAAAUUUGAAGGCGAGGACCUGGAGUUUGAGGAGCGUCGCAAAGUCAUGGCCGCGCAGAAAAACUCCUGGCUAGAACAGCAAGUACAGGAGCGGAUGGCGGCCGAAGACGAGAGGAAGAAAGCUGAGGCUGCCUACAUGAUGGCGAUAAAAGCCCGCGACGCCCGAGCGAGCGAGCUGGACAAGCUGGAACGCGAGUGUCGCUACCGUCUGGGACAAGCCAACCUACGAUAUAAUGAGGCUUUGGCAACAGAGAAGAAGCAGAUGGAUCAGGUGUUCAAGGAGCAGGAGGAGGCGGACAACACUGCGGAGAUGUAUAACAACCUAACUUCUGAUAUGCUCACUGAAAAUCCGGACGUCGCUAAAAGUGCGCUUGGAAAGAAUAGGGCUAUCGGUUUCAUGUAUAAGGGUAUGAACCAAGAAGAGCUCAAGAAGUUCUACGCUGCCCAAAAAGAACAAAUGAUAGCUUCUAAGGCAAAACGCGAGGCCGCGGACAAAAUGGAAGCCGAGUGGCAGGCGUUGGCAAAGUCUAUCCAGAGGGAGGUGGCGCGCCAGGACAUUGCGGACCAAAGGAAGAGACGUGAGAUCGCUCGCCAGCUGAUGGAAGAGAACCAACUCUUGGCCCUGCAGCAGAAGGAGAAAGAGAAGUACUACCGCGACGUGGUCAACAAUAACACUCCUACCGACGAGUACUACGCGCAGUUCAACACUACCACCCGAUAGAAUGGGGCCUUGCCACGCGAUUUUCAGGUUAUGUGGCUGUGUUCGAAAGUACUAGAUUCUGUUUAGGUUUAUUUAUGAAAUAUAGUAUGAAACAUUCACAUAUAGUAUACGUGAAAAUAGACGUAGGGCCAGUUUAACCCUUAUCCAAUUCGUUCGACCUAAACAUAGAAAUUAAAGUUUGCGAGGCGCUCAGGUCUUUUCUACAAACUCUCUAUGACACUAGUAUUACGAUAUAAUUUAGGGUUAUUUAGGGCUAUAUUCAAGAGUGGCUUUACAAAAAGAAGUUCCUUAAUUAAUUUUAUGUUCUCUAUUUAGGUAACAAGCAAUUUUUGAAAAAUCUACAUUUCGAAUAUGUAUUUUUCAUAAACUGAAAUCAUCAUAUGAAGAAUAUGAAAAUAUUCAAUGUCAAAAAUAUUGUAAAAAUGUUGUCUUGUUUGAACGGGAGAACAUUAAAAUAUGACACUUUGUGGAACUAAAAAAUAUAUAUACAGACAGGUUUAGAUAAAACUGGACUCAAAUUGUAAAAAUAUCCAUAAUUCAGUACUAAAUAUAACUAUAAUUUAAAGAUUGUGUCUAUUAAGUGUGUAAUAAAUUAUCUGGUUUUCAAGUUGCACAGUGGUUUCAGUAUGUCACCCUGAACCUGUUAUAUAAUAUUUAGGAGGUCAACAGCUUCUCUCUGUGGUCCCAUUCACACAUACAUAUUGUUUCGCACAUAUUGUUUUUAAUUUCUGUCCAUAUAAACAUCGUAAUAUCACAUUUAUAUUUACAAAUGCAACUUUUUGUACACAAACUAAGUACUAUGAGCAAAGGCAAUUUCGUUGUGAUAAUAUAAUGUGCAAUAUUAAUAUAUUACUUUAUAUGUCUAUGGCUGUAGCUUUAAUAAACUUUUAUUCAUA